UCUCAGUCACGAAAAACUGAACCGCGCUUGCAGUUUGCCAGAAAGCCACAAAUUCAGCCACCAACAACACCAUGCAAUCCAACAACACAAUGAACUCUCCUCUUGACUCUGGUAGUACCUGUAGUUCUACCACUUCUUCUCCAAUGCUAAAAUCCCAUCGCUCCUCCUCCUCCUCCUCCAUGUCGUUCCCAGUACUACCAAUGUGGAUGAAGAAAUAUUGGAACCAACGAACGUACCUGUGGGUGUGCAGUUUGUCUUUGGUCUUUUGCGUUUGGAGGCUGAAUGGAAGGACACAGAUGGAUGAAGUGGAACUGACGGGAUUGCCCGAACAACACUAUCAUCAUCAAGGCGAAGGUAGUGACCAACGAAAUCUGAGAACCACCACAACUUCUACAACCAGCGAUACAACUUUUACUACUACCGAUCUGUCAUCAUCAUCAUCACUGAUGUCAUUGUCAUCGUCCGCCUGCACGGAUUUUCGAGAAUACCCCAAACCCGACCAUGACACGGGAUUGCCGUAUUUGGGCGAUGUCUUUGCAACCCGCGAUUUGCAGUACAUUGUCUUUGUGGGGCUCAAUCGAGGCAUUUGUUUUCGCGACUAUCAAAAAUCGGGAGGUGAUUUGUUCAUGGAAGCGCCGCAUCGGUUCCUCUGCAUGUUUCCGGAACACACGGCUGUGAUUUCGGAAUUCGUGGCACCCACGGGAGACGAUUUUCGCAACAAUUUCCUCUUUCGCUGCAAAAUUCCAACUCGAUUUCAACAUUUGGUACAAACACAAAACUCGACAACGACCCAAUUGCACAUUGACUUGCACGCAUUGCACAAUCCCGAAGGACGCGCCAAAGGAAUGCGCAAAUGGAUCGAUUUCCCGAGUGUCGAAAUUGCGACCGAGACACCCAAACUCUCCCAAAUUCCCAUUUGUCAUGCCGGAUUUGGAUGGACUUCAACAACCGACAAAGAUCCCUACAAUCUCGUGGCAUAUACACGAGUCCAAUCCUCGUAUCUGACACAACCCGACAAGUACGGCCAACGCGAAACACGGACCACCACGCAUCGCAUUGCCGAAUGGAUUGACUAUCACUUGUCGGAAGGAUUCGAUCAUUUUUUGAUUUACGACAACGACGAAACACCCCAUGGACCGAUUGAAACACUCACACGCCCGUAUGUGCAAGCGGGAUUGGUCACGUACCGAUGGUUUCCCUUGAAAGAUUGUACCAUUGAAACGGGUGUCAAAAAAGGCAAAGUGAAACGAUACGGACAAGCCGCCGGAGGAUUGGCCGCCAUGCAUCGACUGGGCCCCAAAGGCGCUCACUUUUUUGCGCACAUGGACAUUGACGAAUUCUUUGUCAUUUUUGAUCCGCAGACAAGUGUCCUGCAAUUUACCCGACAAAUGCUAGCGUCACAGUCAAACAACAACAACAACAAUUAUGAUGCCAUGGAAUUUCAUCCGCAAGUCUUGGAAUAUUGCGAUGGAACAACCGUCACAAACGGCACGAUCGAAAGUGUCAUGGACAAGAAACGCUGUUUGACCAAAUUUCGCUAUGCCAAACAAAAACUCAUUAUGCGCAUGGACAGAAUGAUGCAUUAUCAAGUCCAUUAUGCACUGGCUACAUGGUCCUGGAACAAACCCAAGACAUUUCCCGUCAAUGAUGUGUUGCAUCCACAGAAUGGAGGAGGAUUCUUGGCUCAUUUCCGGGGGGAACUAACGGAAGGUACACACGAAUCGGGAUGGAAUCAAAAGGAACACUUGUUGCACUGUUUUGAUGGGUUUCUGGAUGCGCGCGCAAAGAAACAACAAACGGGAGACACUUCGUUGGGAGUUGUGGUCUAUCCCAACAAUAAUAAUCAUACGGUACGGGCCAAUGCCACCACCGUCGCGCCGUGGCAAUUGUUUUCGGUAAAACCCAAAAAGAAGAAAUCCAAGUAACAAAUACUUAGUAAUGGUCAACACUAUAGCUAGCUAACUAGCUACUAGAUCUAGAGCACCGGUAGGGCAUUUGCAGGGGCUGUAUGUUUCAGGUGGCUAUAGACGUGUGGUUCCUGUAUCGAAUAUCUUUUCGAGGAAGAAGCAAUCGCAGCUAAAGGUCAGACUAUUAUAGCUACCAGUCUAAGUGUGGCAAUGACCGAGAGUGCGUUGCGUGAGCUGGCUAGAUCUACAUACUGUACAUGUAGACUACGUACUGUACUAGUACUAUACUGCAAACAUGGAUGAUGCCUCGGAUUGUCGAGAUACCGGUGGCAGUCUUGCUCGCGUCGAGUGAAAAGUCGGGUGGUGUGAAGUCAGAAGUCAGUCCCUGAUUUGAGAGAUUGGCGCCAAAGGAAGGUGGAUUUUCCGCCGGUGUGGGGU